GCAGGACACGUCCCCUAGAGGGCGCUGUGUAUGAGUCUACCCAGCGGCGCUGACAUCCGGAGCUGAGCGGUGAUGACGUAGAACGGAUCCUGGCUCAGGCUGCUGCGGGUUGCAUGUGGAGUGGUCCCAUGGCAGGCUUGGAGGAAGCCGGGGAGGUAUACAGGAGAGGAGUCAGCCAGAGUGAUGAUUCUGAUAUCUGGGACGAUACAGCAUUGAUCAAAGCCUAUGAUAAAGCAGUGACAUCAUUUAAGAAAGCUUUGAAAAAUGGAGAUUAUACUAUGGAGCCUCCAUCACCGGAGAAGAACACCAAAGCAAAAAGGAAAAAUAACAAAAAGAAUAAAAGCCGGAAGAAAAGCAAUGCUGCUCCCUUGAAAAAGUGGAGAGUUGGGGAAUCAUGUAAUGCAGUUUGGUCAGAGGAUGGCAACCUUUAUCCAGCCACUAUCUCUUCAAUUGAUGCAAAACGCGGGACUUGCAUAGUUAUUUAUACUGGCUACGGGAACAGAGAGGAGCAAAGUUUGUCUGAUUUGCGUUUCCUGGAGACUUCAGAAGCUGAGAGUGACUCCAGGGAUGAGGUACAGGAUAUGAAUGGGAAUGAGCCUUCAACAGAUGAAAGUGACAGAUCAUCGCGUGCUUCUGAAAAUAGAGAUCAGCAUAGUGCUGCCACACCAAAGUCUCCUCACUGGAAAACUCCCUUCCCUCCAGCUCCACCUCCAUUUAUGCCAGGGUUUGGACCGCAUGGAGACAAACCUAGUCAAGCACAUCCCUUCCAUCCUGGCUGGCCUCCAUCAUUUGCUCCAGGUCCACCUCUGAUUCCCCCUCCUCCGCCCAUGGGUCCUGAUAUUAUUGAUGAUGAUGAAGCCUUGGGAAGCAUGUUAAUUGCUUGGUACAUGAGUGGCUAUCACACUGGCUACUAUCUGGGUUUAAAGCAGAGUCGGCUUGAAGCUUCAUUUGGAAAGUAUCCACAUCCCAAGUAAUUAGCUAAUGUAGCAUACGUCAACAUCUGACAUCUCUCCUAGGGAGAGGACAUGUGCAUCGGAGCAAUGGGGACAUGAAGUCUACGUUUGAAUUAUUGCAUUCAAUUGAUAUAAUUGUUACCAUAUAUCAGUAUGUUUUAUUAUUUAGGCAGCCUGUACAACAUUUAUUUUAGUAUGCUGCAAAUAAAACUUACCAUGGUGCAAUUAAUAAUUACAACACUGCGGGGUCACUAUCGGCUCAGUUGCAGUCCACAGCUGACUUAUAAUACAGUUUUAUCACUAUUCUCUGAGGAAUUUGUUUUCCCCCCUUUCUGUUCAAUACUGAUUAAUCAAACUGUAAUAACAUUGCUUGCUUGCCAAACGUCCAUCUUAUAUAUAGAAGGUCAUUUCUUACAGGGGGUUUCCUUUUGAUCUGCCCUGACUAGCACCCUUUGUGUAACAUCUAGGUGGGAUUUCCCCAUAGCCUGAAGAAGGACUUUGCAGUCUAUGUCAAUCCCACCUGUUCCUGUCUGUCCAAUAUUGCAGAACAGAAUAAGGAAGUAAGAGGGAAGGGUUGUCCAAUAGCGUCUUAUUUUUGUCAUAACCCCUCUGUUACGGAGUUAAAGAAUUUAGGAAGAUACCCUGUUAGGUUUUUCUUUUUUCAUCUGUUUUUGUGACCAUAUCUUUGGUUCAUUUCGUAAAGAUCUAUUUUGUUUUUUUAAACAAGUGUUUUUGUGAUUUAUAGAGUACUAAGAACCAUUUUGUAAAAAAUAAAAGUACAACUUCAAUCCA